AUGGCUUCGAGCUCCCAAGAACGACAAGCACUUCCCAAUGCUCAAGUGGCCACGCCACCUGACAGUCCAAGUCACGGGUCUCCCCCAAAGCAUGCAGAGAGUAAUCAACCGAUUGUCACUAAAAUUGAAAAAUUACUCUCCGAAAUGAAAAGGGACCCUGGCUUGGCACCAGACUCCCAGACGGCUCCUUCGAUUAAGGCCCGAUUGGAACGUCUUGUGACGGCGCGAGACGGAGAAUCCUCCGACACGGCCGUCGACACUUCGAAGCUGAGUCUGGUGGCAACCAGAACGCCCCCUAAUACUCCGCGGUACGACGGCUCAGAACCAGUUACGAUUCGCCAACUGAUUGAGCUGUUAGAGGCUGCAGUAGAAGCUAAAAGAAUGUCAAGUUCACAUCAAACGGGCCUUGCUGACUGCGAACACGAGAAGCAUAGCGACUCCAGGGAGUGCCUUGUACCGAUGAAGAAUCCACGCAAAAGCGUUCCGAUCCUGUUGCAUCAGAAACAGCACUUCAGGGUGGAGUCGAGUCUGGCGACGGAGAUUUGGACAAUUCAAAUCCAGCGAAAGGUGGCACUGCGCCCGAACAGGGAGAGAUGUUACAAAUCUCCAAUCUCAAAGAAUUCAGUCGUUGGCCUAACGCCCCAUCCAAUGAUUUGGGAUCACCUAUUUGGAAGGGAUGCCGUGAAUCAGGAACGAGUCGGAUCAUUGGGUGUGGAAAGCUCCCCUUCAUUACCGACGACGCAACGUUUAACCUCACCGGAGCUCCUUCAGGGAUGUACCCCAAUUCCCACUGUAAGAACGCCGGGGGACGAUGUGCUUGAUGAUCAAGAAGAGUCUGGGCCGGCCAAUACUCAAAGCUCUCCACGAAUGGAAAAGGCCUCAAGACUGGAGGUCAAGAAAGUUCGUCAAAUAUGGAAUAAGGCCUUGGGGGACUUUACGCAUCGUAGUGCGGAUGAAGAGAAAGCGGUGGAUGAGUUAGACACUUAUGUCCUGGUAGAGCGGUUCGAAAUUGAUAGAAACGGGAAGGAGAUGACCCAUGUUGACAUCAAAUCGGCAUAUCUCCAGGACGUCUUACGAGCAAUUUUCAAAGAUGUGAAAGCCGUCAACUUGAGGGGUGAUAAGUCAAUGAGUGAGCCUCACUUCUUGUUUCAAUUCCUGCCCGACCUCGAAGCUCAUCGGGAGCAAAAAACAAAAGAUACAGCAGAAAAUCAAGUCGCGCACCUAGACCUUGUGAUCAGCUACAUUCGAGAAAAGUAUGCAUCGCUCUCGCAGCAGAUUUACGACCUACUGCAGCAUGGAGAGAUCACAUACGACUUGCUCUGGUUUCUUUUUAAGCCGAAUGAGAUUGUGUAUACGACCUGUGAUGGAACAGGGAAGCCGCGAUGUCUUCGAUUCGGCAUUGGAGAGGAGAAAACCACGCUUUUUGGGCCGAUCUUCAACCUGGACUGCCAGUAUCUGGACUCGGAUGGUGAGAAAGUUGGCUUCGCGUCCAUCGACCUCAACAUUCCCAAAUUCGCUGGCGUGGCGUAUCACUAUCACCCUCAAAAAGGAAAAGUGAAGGCUGACUUGAUUGCGUGCGGUAAGAAGUUUUACAGCUUGCGUGGGUCCCAUCACUACCACUGCAAAGGCAAAGCCUUUGUGGUGCAGGACGACGUAAAAGUAAAGCGCAAUAUCGAUAGCCGUGUGAUGAUCGAUGCGGCAUUUUUCCGUCGGAUGAAGCCAAAUUACCAGCAGCCGAAAAUUGAGACGACUCUGAAUCCCGGAGCAUUCGAUCCAUCUGCUCAUAUGAUGCAAGGCUUUGAGGAGAUUUCAUUUGUGGACCUCUUCCCUGAGGUCGACCCCCGAGACCAUGGGUGGGAUCGUGACCAUAGUCCUGUGUUCAAUACAUCAGAGGCGAUAGCAACCUCUGUUCGUGGUUCAGCCGAUGAGGAGUACCUGAUUUGUUCCCCUACGAUUCCUGGCUUCUGCUUGAGCGAUAAAUUCUGGGGUGAAUUUGCCGUCAUGGAUAUCGAAGAUAUAGUGUGGUCAACUUCGCUUUUUGACCGACUCGAUAUCAAGCCGGAAUAUAAAGAACUCAUCAUUGCAUCAGCGAUGAGUCGCCUAGGGAUCGCAGAGGGUCCACGAUUUGACGAUAUCGUACCUGGAAAGGGAAGAGGGUUGUCCGUGAUGCUCCAUGGAGCCCCCGGCCUCGGAAAGACACUGACCGCGCAAGCUGUUGCGGAACAGCUCCAGCGGCCGCUGUAUUCGGUAUCUGCGGGAGAAUUACUACACAAUGCCGGUGUGCUUGAGGAACGAUUGCAGGGGAUCUUCGCAACCGCGAAACACUGGAAUGCUCUCCUCUUACUUGACGAAGCGGACGUGUUUCUCGAAACUCGGACCGAGAAGAACCACUUCAUGAAUGGGAUUGUCGCCGUCUUCCUUCGAAUGUUGGAAUGGUUUGAAGGGGUGAUGUUCCUCACCACCAAUCGAGCUUCAAACUUCGACCCUGCGAUCCUGAGUCGUAUUCACAUCACCGUCGAGUAUCCAGGUUUGAAGCAGGAUCAGCGGAUGGGGAUCUGGAGAAGCUCACUUGAUCGGGCUCGUACGGUCCGGGGUCCGUCAGACCUGAGCGAUGAAGAGAUCAACAACAUUGUGUCCGUGGGCCAUGCGCUAGCAGCUGUCAAAGCAAAACAGCUGCAAUACCAUUAUGUUCAGAAGGCAGUGGAAAUGAGUCAGAAGUUCAUGAACCAGGUAAAUGGGACGGAACAAGUCAAUAGCUACUUCAAUUAG